AUGCCUCGCAAUGACACAACCGACCUCGGUUCUUCUCGCGGCCACGGACAUGUCAUCAGGACUUUGCCGGGUCAUCUGGAUGCACCGUACGAAACUUCUUCCCUGGGCGGCGACCCUCACGACACGGCUAUCUACGGGCGGGCGUUCUUCGGGGACAGCCCGGACGAUGUCUUCAUUUUGGAGGAAGAAGAAACUUUCGGACCAAACGCGCGGAAGCUGUGCGAUAAGCUUCCAGCGUUCGGCAGCACGUGGAGUUACCGAAAGUUCGGGACACUGACCCUCUUCGAGCUCAAACGUAUACGAGACCGGCUUCCCCCAACCAUAGAGCCGGGCACGUGUAAACACGUUGCCUGCCAGUAUUAUGGGGAGCUAUGGGGUAAAACGCCAUUGCGACUCGGGAACUGGAGGCCUAUUAGGGACGGCCUCCAGCGACUUAUGCGGGACAAGGAUGGACCGUGUACUAAGUACAAGGCUGGCCAGAUUUUCCAUAAAGACAACUGGAGCGUCAAAUGGCACGCUUACACCAAAAGCCCUGAGUCAAAGGCCCUCUGCAAUCCGAGGAAGAAACUGUUCCACGACCUUCUGCCGCCAGCCAACUACAAGUAG